UCCAGAUCAGGCAAAGUCAGAGACGGCCUUCAGCAAUGGUGGUGCUUGCAGCUCACAGUCACUGGUGGUGAACAUUACACCCUGAAUCUUGUCAAGGAACCAGAAUUCAGAGCAUCUGUGUGGGAACCUAGCGGAUGAGACACCUUGUUCAGGUGAGGAGAGGGAAAUAUGACACGGUGCCUGCUCAGUGGCACAGACUCUGGCAGCUCUUUGUUCUGCUGUCUCUGGGGUGUGUCAGGCGGGACUAGAAAGGUUUCUGCACCCUGACGGUAUUCCAGGAAAAAGAGAGAAGUUACAGUAUCUCCCCUGGAAAGGGAUCCGGGAUGGCUUCAACUUGGCAGAAAAUUCAAGAGUUCUACAAAUGGGCCCUUGAAAAUGGAGACCCAAGGACAGACCCCUGGCUCCUGGUUUACUCUCCUCUUCCAGUCACACUGCUCUUCACCCUCUACCUCGUAUUUGUGGCAUUGGGACCACGCCUCAUGCGGAAGCGGGAGCCACUGAGGCUAAAGGGUCUGCUGACUGCCUAUAAUCUGACCUUGGUGGCUCUGUCAAUCUAUAUGUUCUAUGAGUUCCUCGUAACUUCAGUCUUGGCCAACUACAGUUACCUGUGUCAGCCAGUGGAUUACACCCAAAGCAAGUUGGGAAUGAGGAUGGCGAGAGUGUGUUGGUGGUUCUUCUUCUCCAAAGUCAUCGAGCUGCUUGAUACGGUCUUCUUCAUUCUGCGCAAGAAGCCUGAGCAGGUGACUUUCCUGCAUGUGUAUCAUCAUGGCACCAUGCUCUUCAACUGGUGGGCUGGUGUCAAAUACGUGCCUGGAGGACAGGCCUUCUUCAUUGGGAUGUUGAACUCCUUUGUGCACAUCUUCAUGUACCUGUAUUAUGGGCUGGCCAGCCUGGGACCACAAAUGCAGCGCUACCUGUGGUGGAAACGCUACCUUACCAUCCUGCAGCUGUGCCAAUUUGUGGCCAUCGCCGUUCACUCCUCCUAUAACCUCUUCACAGAGUGCCCGUUCCCCGAUGGCUUCAAUAUCGCAGUCUUCCUCUACAUCCUCAGCCUCAUUGUUCUCUUCCUGAACUUCUACUACUGGACCUACACCAGGGGGAAGUGGGAGAAACUAACAUGAAGGAGAGGGGCAUGGUCUGAGGACAUUGCCAGAACUCACAUAUACUCCAUUGUGUCUUCCUCGAUUCCACUUAGAAGAUGUAUUUGGAGAGGGUGAGGGAGGAUCAUACAAGAAGAUUCUUGGCUGCCUUAUCAUUAUCAGUUGGGAAGGGAAGAGGAACUAGAGGGCUCAGAAGACAAGUAAUGAGGUACUGAUGUUUGCUUAUUGAACAUUGGUACAAAUAUAAGCCAAGCUGAUAGAUGAUAGUCACCAGCAUUUGGUGGCCUGUGUGAAACUGGUUGUUUGUCUCAGGUCCAGUGCUAGUGGGUAAGUGUCCAAAGCACAGUUGACAUAUUUGUUACAAGUAACAGCAGAGGCCAGGAACUCACUGGGAUUCGAGAAUGUAUUAGCUUGUCAUCCCUCCAUAUCAGGGAGCACGUAUUCUCUCUCCAUAUUCUAUCCCUCCAUAUCCGGAGCACACGGGCAGAGAGUGGACUUCAUCCUGCUCUCUCUUUCACAAGCGUGUAACCCCACUGACUUCAGUUUACACCAGUGUAAGUGAGAGGAGAAUCAGGCACUAACCACAGGAAACUCGCUCUGCUGCUGAACCUGCUCUCUGGCUCAACAAAGGUCGUCGGACCCCAGAGCUGUCAAGACAGCACUGACUUUCACCCUAAGUAAGAAAUUAACGUGAUGAAGGAAAACGUAUUAACAUACCAUUUUCUGCCUUGCAUGUAUUUAUCUUUUGAUUAUUGUUGUAACGCUAAAGCAAUAACUUUUUAGUAGGGAUGUCAAGCAAUUAAAAAAAUUAAUCAUGAUUAAUCAUGCAAUUAAUCGCACUG